AUGGCUGCAAAUACUACUAACGUCGUAUGCGUGGGCGCCGUCUACAUCGACACGAUAUGGACCGUCCCCUACUUCCCCCUCGAAGACACCAAACUCCGCGCCCAAAAAGUCAUUCGGCGCCGGGGCGGCAACACCGCAAACACGCUCGAAGUACUCUCAGACAUCCUAGCCCACGCGCCCACAGAGAAUGAGACCGAGCUCCACCUCAUCGCUAUCCUCCCAGAUGAGAAGUCACAGGAUACGGCACUCAUCCGCGCCUCCCUUCCAGGUGUAAACGUGGCAGGACUCUUCCGCGCGGGCCACCAGAAUGCCGCAUCCAGCAUGAUCAUCCAGAGUCGACGAGAUAACACGCGGACGAUUGUAAGCCAUGGGGGUGAUUUGCCUGAAGUCACUUGUGAGGAGUUUGUCAGUAAAUUUCGCGCCACUGUGCCUGAGACGCAGGUGAAGACUUGGGUGCACUUUGAGGGCCGUGUGCCUGCAGUUACGGCUGCUUGUGUGAAAGCGCUGAGGGCCAUGGAGAGUAGGGAGUGCAUGGUUAGUCUUGAGUGCGAGAAGCCUGAUCGAAAAGGGUUGGAAUUCGCUGCGGUGCUGGCUGAUGUGGUGUUCUUUUCGAGGUUGUGGGCACAGCAUGAGUGGGCCAAAGUUGAAGAUGUUUGGCGUCCACCCGGCGAUCCUGAAGCGCAAGUUGUCGAUACCGUCGGCGCAGGCGACACGUUCAUCGCCGGUAUGCUGUACGGCCUGAUCAACCAGCCCGACACUACUCUCUUAAGUAAGCUACAGUACGCUGUCCAAAUCGCCAGUCGAAAAGUAUAUCAAGACGGCUUCCAAGGUCUCGGCUCAGCCAUGCAUUCCGCCUAA